AUGACAGAACCAUCGAAUUAUUGGCUUUUUAGACCAGCUACUCCAACACCAUCAAGUCCCUUGCAGUCGUCUACUAGUGUUGGGGGACCAUCUAAUACUAGUCCCUAUUCUACCUUUGGUUUUACCUCUCAUUCAACUCGCAAUCAAGGUUUAGAAGCGAAACGUGAUUUGGUAAAAGUCAAAGUCAACAACCCUUUGAGUGCUCUGUCUGCUUCACCUGACCAAACGCGUGUCGUAGUGGGUGGUCACCAAGUGCUUAAAACAUAUAGAGUAAGUGAAAAAGGAGUUAGAGAGGAAGCAAAUCUUAAAUAUAAACAAUACAUUCAUAAACAAAGCAUUAGUGACGUAAAAUGGGGAAAUCAAUAUUCCAAAAGUAAAAUAGCAGCAGCAUCUAAUAAUGGAUAUAUUCAAUUAUGGGAUGUUGGAGGUGGCAAGGGAAAAUUGGAUAGAACAAUUGACGAACAAGGAAGGGCGAUUAAUAAAAUUUGCUUUAAUCCGAUGCAAGGAAUUCUGAUGUUGUGCGCUUUCCAAGAUGGAUUAAUACAAAUGUGGGACUUGAGAGAUCGUGUACGUCCAAAGAUCACGUUUAAUGGCAGAGCGAAUAGUGCACGAGAUGUUCAGUUUCAUCCAUCCAAUUCAAAUGAAUUUAUAGCAGCAUUCGAUAAUGGAAUGAUUCAGAAAUGGGAUAUCCGGAAACCCAACAACUACGAAAGAAGAUUAUUUGCUCAUGCUAGUUCAGCAUUAACAGUAGAUUGGCAUCCUGAUGGUAAUAAGGUGGCGAGUGGUGGAGUUGAUAAAAUAAUCAAAAUAUGGGAUAUAAACUCGGACGAUAAUAAGCCUACCGAAUUCAUUCCGUGUAUUUCUGCCGUUGCGCGUGUUCAAUGGCGACCAAAUCAAGUUGACGAAAUCGCAUCGUGCUCAUUCAACAAAGAUAAUCGUAUUUUUGUAUGGAACAUAAAGCGACCGUAUAUAGCGAGUUACUUCUUUGAUGAGCAUGAAGAUAUUCCAACUGGAAUUUUAUGGCAUGAUUCUCAUGUAUUAUGGUCGUGCUCAAGAGAUAAAACUUUCAUUCAACAGGAUAUAAGAACGAAUUCUCAUCGCCAAAUAGAUUUGCUAAAUAAAUGUGGAAUCGGGUGGAAUGUUUAUGACGAGUUAGCCUUUGCAAUUGAUAAACCAGCGGCAGAUCUAAAUCAAAUUCGGAGAUCUCCAAGUGCUAGCGAUUCUGGUAUUGUGGAGCCAGAAAUACGAUCACAACAAAAAACGGGCGUUUCUUUUAUGACAAUGUUUGAUUACGAGUCUUUUAAAUAUUUGGCGGAAAAUUAUAUGAUUUCAACCGAUGAUAUUUUGAAUACGUGUCAACAUAAUGCAAAAAUUGCAUGGGAAGCCCAAAAAUUUCGUACUUCACAGACGUGGAAAAUCGUUCAAUUACUGUUCAGCAAUGAUACACUUGAUGAGGAGGAAAAGAUCAUCACUAAUAGUGACAACAAACAAGUCAGCAAAUGUAUCACCGAAAAUUUCUAUAAACAUGUUGAUCUCCCUAAAGAAAAAGUAUUAGAUGGCAUGCAAGAAAAUGAAGAUUCUUUAUCCGAAUCGGAAGAAAGUGACGAAUUCGUUACAGAUGAAAAUAGAGAAAAGGAAAACGUUCCUGCGACUCAACAACCACCACCGCCAAAUCUUAUAAAAAUGACUAGUAAAUUGGUGCAACAGACACUUAAAUCGGCAGUUAGACCUAUAUGGAAUCAUGAAUCGAGCAUGAACAGUCUAUUGGAAUAUUACGCAGAACAAGGAGAUGUGCAAAUGUGCGUUACUUUAGUGCUCGUUCUUGAUGAAAGAUUGAAUGUGGAUAAAGACACUGUAGAAAGAUGGAUAUUUUCGUAUAUUGAACUUCUCCAUCGAUUUCAACUUUGGAUACCUGCCUCUGCGAUAAUAUCAUCAUGUAAAAUACCUUCUGUAAGAGAGAAAAAUCAGGAAUCCACAACUAUCUAUACUACAUGCAACAAUUGUUUCAAACCCAUAAUAAAUUCACACAAUGGUUUCUGGAUAUGUGAUAAAUGUCAAAAGCUCCUGAAUCCAUGCUCAAUAUGUCAUCGAAUAGUUAAAGGUCUAUACUCAUGGUGCCAGGGAUGUGGACAUGGUGGCCAUUUAGCGCACAUGCAAGAGUGGUUUCAGAAAAAAUCAGAAUGUCCAACUGGAUGUGGUCAUUAUUGUGCAUAA